GUAGUAGUAGUACUACUACACAUUACAAUUUGCAAUAGGGUCAUCCCCAAAUUCCUGCACAUCAAUUAUUGCACAAAACACAACACACACAUACCAAACCAAACAAAACAAAACAAUCGCAGUACCAAAGAUGGCCACCGCUUCUUCCAUCUCCGCCACUCUUCCGGCUACCAAGCUCCGGCCGACCGGCGCCGCUUUCCUCCUCCCCCAGAAGGCGGCGCUUCCAUUCCGGCCGUCCAAGCAACCAUCUCUUCUCUCACUCUCCACUCGUAACAACAAAUCAAUAUCAAAAUCAUCCAUAUCCUGCUGCGCCGCUGCAGAUUCCAGAUCCUCCACGAAAGUCCAAGAGCUCCACCUCUACGAAAUCAACGAGCGCGACCGCGGCAGCCCCGCCUACCUCCGGUUGAGCCAGAAAACCGUCAAUUCCCUUGGAGAUCUCGUCCCCUUCUCCAACAAGAUAUACACCGGCGACCUGAAGAAGCGGGCGGGCAUAACGGCGGGGAUCUGCAUUCUGAUAAAGAACGAGGCGGAGAAGAAAGGCGACAGGUACGAGGCGAUUUACAGCGUGCACUUGGGGGACUACGGCAGCAUAUCGGUGCAGGGGGCGUACCUGACCUACGAGGACACCUACCUGGCCGUGACGGGGGGCUCCGGAAUCUUCGAGGGGGUGUACGGCCAGGUCAAGCUCCAGCAGAUCAUCUUCCCCUUCAAGAUCAAGUACACUUUCUACUUGAAAGGUAUCCAGGAUUUGCCGGCGGAGCUGCUCGGCGAUCCCGUUCCGCCGUCGCUCCAGGUCGAGCCAACGCCGGCAGCCAAGGCCUGCGAAUCCGGCGCCACCAUACCCAACUACAGUAACUAGAUUUUACUAUGAUACAGAGAUCUAUCUAAUCUGGUCUGGAAUGGAAGGGAUAGUGCGGUGUGGCGUGGUAGGGGCUUGCACUGUGAUAAUUUGUGUGUGAUGAUGGUGACUACAUGAUGUGAUAUGAUUUGAUUUCAAUUGUUUUCUUUACAAAAGUAAAGUCCCACGUGGAUGUUUUGUUUUUAUUAAAAAAUAUUGUAUUAAUAUA